UACUCUGAAAGUAACUCAGCUGCAGUCUUGUGUAUUUGGCCAUUCAACACAGGAUGAAUAUAGUCAGUGGAUUCUAUGCUCCGUGGUGCGGCUACUGUAAAAAACUAGAGCCAAUAUGGCACGAGGUGGGAGUCGAGCUGAAGAGCUCAGGGUCGCCUGUUCGUGUGGGAAAGAUGGAUGCUACUGCUUACUCCGGAAUGGCGUCGUAGUUUGGUGUUCGCGGUUACCCCACUAUAAAACUGUUAAAGGGUGAUCUUGCCUACAAUUACAAGGGACCAAGAACAAAAGAUGAUAUUGUAGAGUUUGCCAACAGGGUGGCAGGACCAGCCGUCCGAGCCCUUCCCAGCAAGCAGAUGUUUGAGCACAUGAUGAAACGACAUGAUGUGCUUUUUGUCUAUAUUGGCGGGGACUCUCCUCUCAAAGAGAAGUACAACGACGUAGCCUCUGAGCUCAUUGUCUAUACUUACUUCUUCUCUGCUUCAGAGGAAGCCUUGCCAGAGUCAGUAUCAUUGCCUGAGCUCCCUGCAGUUGUAGUCUUUAAAGAUGGAGGCUACUUUACCUAUGAUGAGUAUGAGGACGGUAGCUUAUCAUCGUGGGUGAACAAGGAGCGCUUCCAAGGAUACCUUCAAAUUGAUGGCUUUACAUUGUAUGAGCUGGGAGACACAGGCAAACUGGUGGCAAUUGCAGUCAUCGAUGAGAAGGACCCCACAGAGGAGAGUGGCAGAUUAAAGACCUUGAUGCAGAGGGUGGCAAAGGAAUACAGGGAACAUUUUAACAGAGACUUCCAGUUUGGCCACAUGGACGGGAACGACUACAUUAACAGCCUCAUUAUGGGCGAGGUGACAGUGCCCUCCGUUAUCAUCCUCAACACAUCCAAUGAGCAGUACUUCCUGCCCAGUGAGCCGAUCGAAACCAUGGAGCAGCUGGUCCAAUUCAUCAGCAGUGUUUUGAAUGGUUCUGCGCAGGCAUAUGGAGGUGAUGGCAUCAUUCAGAGGAUCAAACGUAUUGCCUUUGAUGCCAAGUCCACCAUUAUGUCGGUGUUUCGCAGCUCUCCACUGCUGGGCUGCUUCCUGUUUGGCCUACCGCUGGGCGUAAUUAGCCUGAUGUGCUAUGGCAUCUGCACAGCUGAGUCGGAUGAUGGUUCGGAUGACAUCGACGCGCUCAAGAGAGAGGGCCUGACUGACGAAGAGGAGGAAGAGGAGGAGGAGCGGCAACGUGCUGCGGAGCUGGAGGGCCCAGAAGAAGAAGAUGAGGAUGUUGGAGAGAAGGCUCCUGAAGAGAAGAAAACCGAUUAACACAGGGGCACCUGCCGGAUAGAGGAUGAUAGGCUUAGUCAAAUGCAGUGACAUGAAACUCAAAGACAUAUCAAUGUGUUACUGUUGUGCUUUGUUUUUCAUCUCACUUCCCCUCAAUGCCCCCCUAGCACAGACUAUUCUUCCACCUUUGAGUUCUCUGUCAACGUGUAAGGUCGGCUACUUGGCGAAGCCACAGAAUUAUGUUGAAAAUAAACAGCCUUUUUAAUGAUGGAGUGUAAACACUGUUCACAAGAAUAAGGGAUGGCUUUGAACCAAACAUAACCACCUUAUUUAUUAUGAUUCAACCAAACAAACAGUGGUUAGUUCCAUGUGAUGUGACACUCUGAUUUCAUAGGUCAAUGUCUUGAUACCACUUCAAUGUCCUUAUUUUUUAUUUUUUUUUUGUCAUAUUCCACACUAUUUUUAAUUUUGCUUCUAAUUUUCUGUGUUAUCUUACAGUAGUAGAAACUGAUUAAUCUUGCCUUUAAAUUUGCCCCCAACCCAAUAUAUAGGCUCGUGUAUAGUUAUUGAUGUAUGUAAACUGAAAAGGAAGUGCCCAACAAGGAAAAAUCUGCCAUUGAUCUUUAUUUUUAUUUUUUUCACUCUGUUAUUGCCUGAAAAUAUUUCUUCUUACAGGGUUACAAAGUGCCCAGACGGUCAUGCAUUUCAGCACAUUUCUCUGUCAGCCAUCUGGUGUCCACUUAGGAAAGACGAUCAAAAAGAGGUGGAACGGUAAUCGGCAUCAGUCGCUGUGAUACCAACAUAUGGCAGAUGGACGUUUUUAACCCAUUUCCACUCAACAUGACCAACCUACUAAAAAUUCCUCAUACAGAUGGGGUGUACCUGUCUAGCAAAAGCCAUAACAUGCAUCAGUACCUCCCGUGGCUCUUAACAAGUCAUAUUCCUCAGAUAGACGAGUUCUGUCUGUUUCCAUAUUUCAAUCUGUCCUCCAUCACUGGUUUCUAUAUUGAAUUCAAUUGACAUUUUGAAGUUUACAUCCCAGUGCUGUGAGAGGUAAACAGAGCACAUAGAACAUUAGGACUGUGUUUCUGCUCCCCUCCUUUCUUUUUUUUUUUGUUUGUUGGUCUCAAGGCUCCUGUGUACUCUGUCCCUGUGACUAAAGUGUAUGUAAUAGAGAUCAAGUAGGGGGUAUGAAUUCCUCCUUAAUUCACUGGGCCAGUCUAUUUCAUUAAAAAGACCAAGUGUUCCUAAAAUCUGCUGCACUCAGUGUAAUAACAUUUUUAUGAAAAUUCUACAGUACAGUGCACCUUAUUGGAUUUAGGGUCCGGUGAGGCAGAGACUUCAAAGCAUCUGAAAACACAACUUGAAUAUCUGUAAAAUAGUUUCUUAGUCUCAGCUGGCACGAGGAAACACCUGGCGUCACAUUUUCCAAUAAAGACUAAUUUCCUUCAAUAUUGGAUAUUUUACGAAAUGCACUCAAAGUCCUUUCUUGCCAAGAGUUAGAGGAGGAGGUUGAUGCUGCUCUCUUGUGUCUACGCCAGCAGUUAGUUUACAGUAUAAAGAGUGCUCGCCCGGCCCGGUCCAAAAUGCUGCCUGAGAGCUCUCUUAAAAGUCGGUAAAUGGCAGAGUCGACAGUAAUUUCACAACUCUGUUGUAGCUCUGUAACUUGUUCAACUGAGGUACUGCAACAUAAGCACACCUGUUUAUUAUUUUUUUUUCUUGUUAUUAUCUGUGUUAUUACUGUGAAGCUGCACUAAAGGAACCAUGCCCUCGCCUUGCCUUCUGGUCUAUAGUUGCCUACCACUAUCUGCCAAACUUCCUGUUAGGGUUUGAAAUGAGUUUGUCACAUUUUAUUACAGGUUUGAAAGAUUGAAAUAAAGAUGGUCCUCCUUUU